AUGAAAUAAUUUAUUCAAUGUUAUUCAAAAGAAAAGAUUGAACAAGUCGAUAAAUUAGGUCAAUAAUUAGAAGAAUAAAAUUAGAAGCUAUUUAAAGAUAAAUCAACAGUUGAUUCUAUUAAGUUUGAUCUUGAAACAAUACAAGCAAAAAUAAUCAAUUAAUUUUAUGAUAAGGCUCAAGAAAUGGAAAAGUAAUUUCUUCAAAUUGAUUCAACCUAUGUAAUCUCUAUCAUAACAUUCUUUAGGAAUAAUUAUUGCUCUUAGAAUAGAAACUAAAAGACCAACUUAAAUGA